AUGCCAAAGAAGAAGAAUUGUCUGGUGUUUAUGGAUGUGUCCUUAGAUGGGGAUCCUGUAGAAAGAAUGGUUUUUGAGCUUUUCUAUGAUGUUGCUCCAAAGACUGCUGAAAAUUUUCGAGCCUUAUGCACAGGAGAAAGGGGAGUUGGUACAAAUUCUGGAAAGUUGCUGCACUACAAGGGUUCAUUCUUCCAUCGAAUUGUAAAAGGCUCCAUUGCCCGCGGUGGAGAUUUUGUCAAUCGAAAUGGGACUGGUGGAGAAAGCAUAUAUGGUUCCAAGUUCCCAGAUGAAUCACCUAUGCUAAAGCACGAUGCUCCAGGCCUUCUUUCCAUGCCAGUUGCUGAUCGUGACACACAUGGUUCUCAUUUUAUAAUCACAUUUAAAGCUGAUCCUCAUCUUGAUAGGAAACAUGUAGUAUUUGGCAAGCUUGUGCAAGGGCAUGAUAUAUUGAAGAGAAUUGAAGAUGUAGGUGAUGAAGAAGGAUUUCCAAGCGUAACUGUUAAAAUAAUUAAUUGUGGUGAACAUAAUGAGGAUGGAAAGAAGAUAAAUAAGUCAAAAAAGGGAAGAGAUGUAUCUACUGAAACCAAUAGUCCUGAACUGCGUAGGGGAAAGCACAAAAAAUCCUCUGGUGACAAAAGGAAAAGGAGAAAGUACUACACAUCAGAAUCGGAUAGUUCCUCAGAUUCAGACACGAAAUCAUCAGAAAGUGAUAGUGAUUCAGAUUCAGAUAUAUCUUCAUCAUCUUACACAAGUUCUUCCAGUGAUGACAGGCGGAGAAAGAGAAAGAGGUCUAGGAAAGAUAAACAUAGACGUGGAAAAAGAAGAGACAAACAGCGAGAGAAGAGACGAAGGAUCCAAGACAAAAGAUCAAAGUUUAAAUCAAGAAGGGAAUUGACCCGUCAUACCAAUUCAGACAGUGAAAAUAAGAGUGGCAACAGCUCUGAUAGUGAAAGUUGUGGUGCUCAAGUGAAAGAACAGAAGCAUAAAGAUCAUUCUCAGAAACGUGCUGAAGGUCAGUCUUCCUUGGCUGUGGAGAAAGAAUUACCUCCCAAACUCUUUACAAAGGGGGAGAAACUGGAUAUGCUAGAGGAGGAAGAAUUCCCAAAGGAAAAUGGAGAGCGUCAUAGCAAUGGCAUUGAAGCCAACUAUAGAUCUGACAGAAGUGAAGGGAGGCAGCCUGAUGUGAUGGAUUUGAUGAGCAGGAGUCAAAGCAUGAGUAUUAGUCCAAAGCGUGAGAGCAGAAGCCCAAGCAUUAGUCGAAAAAGGAGGUUGAGUAGAAGUCCUAGUGGCAGUAGAAGCCCUCGAGCUCCAUUACGGAGGAGUUUGAGCAGGAGUCCUGUUAGAAGCAUAAACAGGAGUCCAAACAGAAGAAUCAGCAGCAGAAGCCCAGCAAGAGGUAGGAAGGGAAAAAGUGUCAGUAGAAGCCCUGUGAGAUCUGGUGGAUAUAGAAGUGUCAGUGCAAGCCCUGUAAGAUCCAUUUCUCGGAUCCACCAGAGGAAUUCACCCAGAGCACCAUCACGAAGAUCAAUCAGCAGGAGCCCUGUGAGGAACCACAAUCAUAGGAGUCUCAGUAGAAGCCCUGUGAGAUCUCGUGGUCGUAGAAGUGUCAGUACAAGCCCUGUAAGAUCCCUUUCUCGCAGCCACCGGAGUUCACCCAGAGCACGAUUACAAAGAUCAAUCAGCAGAAGCCCUAUGAGAACACACAAUCAUAGAAGUGUCAAUAGAAGCCCUGUGAGAUCCAGUGGUAGAAGAAGUGUCAGUGCAAGCCCUCUAAGAUCCAUUUCUCGGGGCCGUCGGAGGACUUCACCCAGAGCACCAUCACGAAGAUCAAUCAGUAGGAGCCCAGUGAAAACUGAUUAUCACAGAAAUAUAAGUAGAAGCCCUGUGAGAUCUCAUGGUCAUAGAAGUGUGAGUGCAAGCCCUGUAAGAUUACCUUCUCGGGGCGUCCGGAGGAGUUCACCCAGAGCACUAUCACGAAGAUCAAUCAGCAGAAGUCCUGCAAGAGUGUCAAGAAAGAGUAUAAGUAGGAGUCCAGUUAGGUCAUCAGCCAGAAGCUUGAGCAGAAGCUCUGGCAGGGUCCCUUUGAGAAGCAUUAGCCGAAGUCCAGUUAGGAUGCCAAGCAGAGGCAAUCGCCGUAGUUAUUCAAGGAGUCCUCGGAGGAGCUUGUCUAGAAGUGUGUCACCUGGUGUUUCCCCAAAACGUAUCCGAAGGGGAAGAGGUUUCAGUGAACAGUACUCGUAUGCUAGAAGGUAUAGGACUCCUUCCCGAUCUCCUGUGAGAUCGUACCGCUAUAAUGGAAGAAGUUACCGGGACAGAUAUUCAGGUUAUAGGAGGUACUCCCCUAGGCGUAAUAGGAGCCCACUGCCACGCAGAAGAACUCCACCGAGGUUCCGGAGUAGGAGGAGCAGGACACCAUCUGUAUCACGCAGUCCACGUUAUCGAGUUCGUCGCUAUAGUCGAAGCCGCAGCCCUUUGGGCAGUCGUUCACCUGUUGGUACAUAUCGACGUCGUGUUCAGAGGAGCAGGUCUCUGUCCCGGAGCCGGAGUCCCUCACGAUCCAGGGCGUCAGUAGAAUCAGAAUCUCCACGAAAUGCGAGCAGGAACAGCAGGUCAAGGUCCCCAAGGUCCCGGUCUGAAAGCCCAGAUGGGAAGAAAGGCCUUGUAUCUUACGGAAAUGGUUCUCCCGAUUCAAACUAA